AUAUCUCUUAAAAUCCCAUCAAAGUGUCUGACCAUGGACCCUGAGUUCAGCCUUCAGGAUGUGUUACGGUGUCAUCUCUGUGAGACCCCGGGCCCCCCUAUGUACUGUGUCAUUUGUAAAAAAUAUCUGUGUAAAACCUGUGAGAAGAACCAUCUCUCUGAUCAAUCCAAAGAACACAAAGUGGUCCCAUUUGAAAAGAGGAAAUAUACUCCAAAGUGUCAAAAACAUUCCUCAAAAAUAUGUGAACAUUACUGUGAACAAUGUGACAUUCCUAUUUGUGCAACAUGUGCUUCCUCUGAAGAACACCAUGGCCAUAAAUUUAUUGAUAUAACUAAAACUAUGGAUAACAAGAAAGAAACCAUUCAAAAAGAUUUACAAGAACUAGAGAAAUCCAUUUAUCUUAAAUACCAAGAGAUUGCAUCCAUUAUCCCAGUCCAGAAAUCUGCUCUGAAUGAAAACUCCCAGGAAUUAACAACAGAAAUUGACAAACAUGGAGAAGACUUGCACAGAGAAAUAAACACCAUUAUCAGAAACAUGAAAUCUAACAUGGAGGAAAUGGACACCAAACACCUGGCUGUCUUAGACAAACAGGAAGAUGAAAUUAAACACACCAUUUCUGAAAUCACACAGACUAUUGCUGAACUGAAGACGUUACUGAACUCCAAUGAAGUCAGCCGUGUCUCUGCCUACAAAUCCAGGAAUGAUGAAUUCAGAAGAUUGCCUCCUAAACUCACAGUGUCCUUACCAAGUUUUACCCCUCAGAAGAUCAACAAAGAACAGCUUUAUCAACAGUUUGGUUCUCUGUCAGCAUCAUCUAUCAAAACAGAAGAACAUGGCUACACCAUGGAAUCUCCCGGUGCCGAGUCCUCUCCCCCGGACAGACCACUCAUUGAUGUACCACGGAUCAUCACACAGAUAAACACAGAGAAUGGGCGAUUAUACAGUGUGUCCUGUCUGAGUGAUGAGGAGAUAUGGACGCGUGGCGAUGACAACAUCAUGAGACUGUACAACCUCAGUGGGGAACUAGUGAAGCCAGUCCAAACCAAGUCAGGGGACGUUCCACAGGACAUAGCAGUGACAAGGAGUGGGGAUCUAGUUUAUACUGAUUACAAAGAUAGAACUGUGAACAUAGUGAAGAAUGCACAGAUACAGACAGUGAUCAGAUUACAGGGGUGGAGACCUCACUGUGUCUGUAGUACCUCCUCUGGUGACCUCCUGGUUGUCAUGGACAGUGAUGAUGAUAAACCAACAAAAGUUGUGUGUUACUCUGGCUCCACAGAGAAACAAAGUAUUCAGUACGACGACAAAGGACAACCUCUCUAUUCAUCUGGUGGAUUAUUUAACACUAUACACAUCAGUGAGAACAGGAACCUAGAUAUCUGUGUGUCAGACCAUGGAGCCGAUGCAGUAGUAGUGGUCAAUCAGGCCGGGAAACUCCGGUUUACCUACACUGGUCAUCCCUCUACUACCAAGGGAUCAUUCUUUCCACGCGGCAUCACAACAGACAGCCAGGGUCGGAUCCUGACAGUAGACAGUUACAUCAAGUGUAUCCACAUCCUUGAUCAGGACGGACAGUUCCUCCGCUACAUUGACAUCUAUGAUUUACAGGCUCCAUGGGGUUUAUGUGUGGACACCAGAGACAACCUCUUUGUGGCUGAGUACCUAACAGGUAAAGUGAAGAAAAUACAAUAUAACAUGUAAACAAACUGUGUUUAUAAUAAUCAAACUAUUUGU